GCCGCGUUGAACUGGUUGACGUAUCAUUAAAUACAUUCUGCUACACAGAUCAUCACAUCUUUUUCUUAAAUAUAAGGUCUUAUAAAAGAAAUUUCAUUAUCAUUUCAAAAUAGGAGACUUGGUAGUUGUCGAAGAAGCGAUUGUGUUUAUUAUUUAUUUCUAUAGGCCACUAGUGUUACAGCAAAAUGGGACUGACAAUAUCGAGUGUUUUCACAAGACUUUUCGGCAAGAAACAAAUGCGUAUUUUAAUGGUUGGCUUAGACGCCGCCGGUAAAACUACAAUACUUUACAAGUUAAAGCUUGGCGAGAUUGUCACUACUAUUCCGACUAUCGGCUUCAAUGUCGAAACGGUGGAAUACAAAAACAUUAGUUUCACGGUUUGGGAUGUUGGUGGUCAAGAUAAAAUUAGACCUCUCUGGCGUCAUUAUUACCAAAACACACAAGGACUUAUAUUUGUAGUAGAUUCAAGUGAUACAAAGAGAAUCGUGGAAGCUGAAAAUGAACUGGCUAAUAUGCUCAAAGAAGAUGAAUUGAAAGAUGCCGUUAUCUUGGUCUUUGCUAAUAAACAAGAUAUGCCCAAUGCAAUGACAGCAGCUGAAUUAACAAACGCUCUAAAUCUAAACAACCUUAGAAACCGCCGUUGGUAUAUUCAAGCGACUUGUGCAACACAAGGCCAAGGUCUCUAUGAGGGAUUAGACUGGCUCUCCAAUGAACUUGCAAAGAAAUAGGUUCUAGAUCUAAUCAGUCACUGGGAACAAAAUUGACAUUCCCGAAAUGACUGAAACCUUUCCAUAAUGAGAAUGCAGUUCCAGUAAUACUGGAUACAAAAGACUACUAUUAUAUCUAAUUAUAAACUUUAUAUGUUUAAAUGGUCUUUUUCCACAAAACAUUGUUAACUUUUGACUUUAUACUUGCAUUUUUUACAUUAUAUUCUCAUCCUGAUAAUGCAAUUGUAACUUAAUGUAAUCAAGAAC